AUGAAGUUCGCAAACGUCGCAUCAAAGGUCCUCGUCCUGGCCGCAGGCGUCCUCGGCCUCUCAGCACCGCCCGAGGCCACGCGCGACCCUCUACACGUACGCCAAGUCAAGGAACCGGUCUGCCUACUCAGGACGAUCUCGGAAGACUCCCACCCCGAGCUUUUCUUCGGCCUCCAGUACACCAUUACGGCGGCGGUACCGGCGGACAGGGUGGCGGACGUCUGCCGGGCCUUCACGGCGGAUCUCGAGUCGACGCGCCACUGCCGUGGCCAGUUCCUCGCCGGAAGGCAACCAGUGUGCAGAGAUGACCAGGGCGGUCUCAAGAUCAAGCUAUGGACUUACAAAUCGUGUGGACAAAGCAUGGUCCACAGGGCCUGGUUUCACGCGACCGAGAACAAGUACGGCUCAGUUCAGUGCGACACCAUGGACGAUAUUUGGAACUAG